UCCCACCUAUGCUAAGAAAUCUCCCCCAGGGAACACCCUACUGCAUCCCCUUCUCCACCUCCCCCUUGCCGUGAUCCAGCCUUUCCUUUCCCUUCCCGCUUCUGAAUGUGGAGGCAGGAGAGGAGGCUGUAGGAGGAUCCCCCGCCCCCCCAGUCGCCUGAGUGAACUCCCCUCUCUGCACCGCUUCUCUCUAGCCUCUCCCCUCCCAGUGCUGCGGCGCUGGUCAUGUGAACGGGGCCAGCUGGAGCGGGGCGGCAAUGUCACGUCCUGCCGGGGGCCAGUGACGGUGUCUGUUGAUGUUGGGCCCAGCUGCGUGUUCAUAAGUCCAGGUCCCUGGUUUGCUGUGGCUGCAGCCGCGGGAGCAACAACCCCGGCUGCCGUUAUCUGUGGCCGGGAGGAGCCGGUGUGGGUUCGCUCUCCACGCGGGACGCAGCCUUCUCUGCCGCCGGACAGCUCCAUGGUCAGCAGCAGUGAGCGACCUGACUGAGCACAGGCGCCCAUCACCUCCUGUCUGCAGGGGCCAAGCAUGAGAGAGGAUGAGCCAGAGACACAGCCUGGUGCAUCUCUUUGCUGGAGGAUGUGGGGGUACUGUUGGUGCAAUUCUGACAUGUCCACUAGAAGUUGUGAAAACACGGCUGCAGUCCUCCUCUGUUACUCUCUACAUCUCUGAAGUUCAUCUCAGCACUGUGAAUGGUGCUAGUGUCAAUCGAGUAACUAGAGUAUCUCCUGGACCUCUCCAUUGUUUGAAGAUGAUCUUGCAAAAGGAAGGUCCUCGUUCUCUGUUUAGAGGGCUAGGUCCUAAUUUGGUAGGCGUUGCUCCUUCCAGAGCAAUAUACUUUGCUGCUUACUCAAAUUGCAAGGAAAAGUUGAACAGUAUUUUUGAGCCAGACUCUACCCAGGUACACAUGAUUUCAGCUGGAGUGGCAGGUUUUACUGCAAUCACAGCGACCAAUCCUAUUUGGCUAAUAAAGACGCGAUUACAGCUCGAUGCAAGGAAUCGUGGAGAAAAGCGAAUGAGUGCGUUCGAAUGUGUCCGAAAAGUCUAUCAUUCAGAUGGAAUUAAAGGCUUUUACAGAGGAAUGUCGGCCUCCUACGCAGGCAUAUCUGAAACUGUUAUUCAUUUUGUUAUUUACGAGAGUAUUAAGCGAAAACUACUGGAAUUUAAGACUGCUUCUAGCAUGGACAGUGAGGAUGAAUCUGUAAAAGAAGCUUCAGACUUUGUUGGAAUGAUGAUGGCUGCUGCCACUUCCAAAACCUGUGCCACAUCUAUAGCAUAUCCACAUGAGGUGGUACGAACAAGACUACGUGAAGAGGGAACAAAAUACAGAGCUUUCUUCCAGACACUAUCUUUGCUUGUGCGAGAAGAAGGGUAUGGAUCCCUCUACCGUGGUCUAACUACACAUCUGGUCAGACAGAUUCCAAACACAGCUAUAAUGAUGUCAACCUAUGAAGUGGUAGUCUACUUACUGAAUGGAUAGCAAAGUUAUAAGGCUAUCUCUAGGAAGAUGGAAGACCAAAAGAUUGCAGUGGACCACCAAAUAUCAAUGCUAACGUGGUGGGCAGAAGAAAAUUAUCUAUCAGGAACAGGCAGCUAUGGACGAAAUAGAAGAUUGAUUAUAGGCAACCAUGAGCAAUUUGCUGCCUUAUUGUAUGAUUCUUUUGUGACCAUGUGACAAAGGAGCUGCCCCCCAGGGGAAUGCCUUUAAACACAUCUUACUUCAAAAUUGCUAUUUUCUCUCCAUGUGUUAAUUUACAUGAUGCAAAACCAUGAGCUUCAGUGAUUUGGAAGGAGGGGGUUAUAUAUUGUAUUCUAUUGCAAGGGAUAGCCUUGUUCCGCUCAUAAUGUUUGGUCUUCAAUACAUUUUGUUUCAAUGUACAAUAACCUAUUAGGGUGAGGAGGAUGAAAGCAUAGAUUCAUAACUUUGUAUGUCUGAAACUUCUAUUCAACUCCAUCUGAAGUCUCAAAUGAUGAGACUGAGGUAGUAGUUGCAGCAUGCAACUCCCGUGUUACUAUCUCAAGGAAUGUGGCACAGGGACCUAAAAUAGAAUGUACUUCAAUCUCACCUUUUGUAGCGACAGAACAGUUCAAAGUUGUGUGAGAAGCUCUCAUUGCUUAACUCUGCAGGAUACCGGUCUCUUAGCAGGACUGAAAAUCCAAGCAUGCCAAUACUGAGUCCUCUUGCUUUCAUUAUCGUAGAUCUCUGCUCCCUUUUAGAAUCUAAGGAAGACCAUAAGAUGUACUGUUACAACAGAUCAUGGAGUCUCCUCACCUGAUCUGUAAUGUGACCCACACUACUAACACUGGAAUUGCAGAACUGUCUUUAAGGAGUCUUAAUGAAGUGUUAAAUUCUAACAAGUGAACCUGCUUUACAUGAUGCAGGAUAUAUAAUGUUCAAUCAAACACAGCUUUAUGCAAGCUAGUUACUAGAGUACCAACACUUCUCCUGGAUUAAAGGAGGAGGGCACAUACUUCACCAUGUGUAAAGCUAUAGGAAAGCACAUAGAUAAAUUCCUGUGUAGUAACAAGUUGGGAGUUGCUGUAGAUCAUUUUCAGUGAAACCCCAGCCACUUGCAGAGUGAUGGAGAAGAUGGUAAUUGAGAAUAUUUUGUUUAAACAUUCCCCUUUAAAAGUUGCUUAUCCCUUGUUUUUCAACCUAAAGCUGGGUGCAAAACUGCAGAUAACCGUAUAACUCUGUCCUUUCAGUUAUCUGAAUAUUCAGGCAUUGGUUUUAAUUGAUAUUUUGUAAUACUAGUAACAGAAUAAUGCAUUAUGUUUGACAGCAUAUCUUAGGCUAGUUCGGUUACUUGUUCUGCCGUAACUUACCAAGUUUUCCAGAUCCAGAGUAUGAGAAAUAAGUUUCAGAUUCUACAUAGCUUUUCAAACUCACACAUAGACCUUGAAUACUUCCAGGAUUAAAUCUGCUGCCCUUCGGAGGAGAUGUUCACAGUGAUUUUUGCGGCAGUAGCUUUCUAUCUUAAAUGCCACUACACUGGUAUAACAAAGCAGUGCAAUUAACUCCUCCGGUGUGGUACUUCAGUAAACAUUAAACUGUGUGUUUGUGUGCAAUGGCUUUAUCUUACAAAUGACUCCUUAUGCACUUUGUGGCCUUUUUUGGCUUGUGAUUUUUCUCCCGUUUAAGAUUUUCGAUAUUGGUCAUGUGCAGUUAGAAACAGUGUUCAGUGCACAGAGAUUCUUUUGAAGCUAAGUGUAUGGUUUGAUUUCCAAACACCUGUGCAGAAAAAGACAUUGUUUGCAGUAGAUCGCUAGGAUCGAUGUUCAGAUAUUUUUGGAGACUUUUAUACAUAAAAGUUUGAUGCAUACUGAACAACCAGUUUGUCUUGUUUUAUUUUCCUUUGAGCAUUGUAGUGUCCAUCAUACUACGGCAGAAAUCUUUUAAUAUAGACUUGCAAGCCUUGGUGUUAGUAAUACUCCGUAAUAACUGCCUCUCCUUUUAAGGGCCACCGUAGAGCACAAAGCACCACUGCUAUGCCCAUUCAGCAGGGGCUUGGCUGCAUUGAUGUGCUUUCCGUAGAAACUGAGUAUUCUUACCUGUUUUUUAAUACUAGAAGUAUUCUCAGUAUAGCCUGUGUUGCGCACAUUUAGACUAACCUUGGCAAUCUUUGUAUUCUUAUUAGUACAAGGAGAUUAUUUUAAAAAAAACCUCAGUUCAGAGGUUUUCCCAGUGACCUCGCUGGGAAAUCUGUUAAUGCUGUAUUACUCACAACUAGCCUUCCUGCUUCAAAACAUUAGUGGCCAGACUUCUCAGAUCUUGCUGCUGGCACCAGCAUUUAACUAACAGCAAAAGUUUAAGCGCAGUAAUGUGAAAGCCAAAAGUGGUUAUAAAGUAAAAGUUAUGUUACAAUAGCUAAUUAUGGGGAAUGAGUUACAUUGAAAACAUAUUUCUCUUCAGGAGAUAUCCAGGCAAUUCAGCUAUCGCUGAAUUUUAGAUUUAGCAAGCACACAGGCCCAAAUUCAUCCCUGGAGUUAAUGGAUAUAAUUCCCACAGUUUCGAUGGGAAUUGUACCUGCGUAUUCCAGGGAUAAAUUUGGCUCACUAGAUCCGGUCUGCUUUCAGUGCACAUGCAUCACUUCCGUUACCCUACGAGGUUGUGCGUGCAUGCCUCUAGAAAGUUCUGUCUUUUGUGCUUUACACUCCUUGUCAUCGGCUGAAGAGAGACAAUCAACCUCUUGUUCCAAUUCUUCAUGGAGUUUUAAUCCUUCAAAGACAAAACCUUUUAAAUUUCUUCAGGGGUGAACUUUUUCUGUAACAAAGAAACAAUUAAACCAAAUUGUGUGUUUUGUUUGUUUAUAAAGCUACCACAGUAUACAAAGAUACCUCUGAAUUAUUUCCCAAAGAUAUUGAAAUUCUUUACAUAGUUUUCUUGGUAUCUAUUUUGAAAGCAUACAGAGGCAAACAGAAGAUGCAUCAUUCAAUAAUACCAUUUAUUACAAAGUUGAAAGAGGAGUGUACUUUGAUGUUUUGGGUCAUCAUCUCUUACUUGAUUCUUUUAAUGUAGUUUACAUUAAGUUAUACCACCAUGAUUUCUAUCUAACAGAGUUUAAAUCUAAGUUUUAUGGAAAGGGUAACAUUUGAGAAUGACUUUACAUAUCCAUCUAAUUUAUAUAUAAACCAACAUCCAUUCUUAUUUAAAUAUGAUAUAUUUUAUUUGACUUUACUCAACAGCUGGUUAAGAGUCAAGGAACGUUGUAUAAUACCGCAGAUGUCCACUUUAGCCAGAAGGUGGCACUAUAGUGUGAUAUGCUCACAGCAGAAGUGGAUCCAUGUUCCACUUAAACUUGUAUCUGGUCUUAAACAAUUCUCAGUCUUUCUACAGUAUACUAUAUAACAAGAAUAUUUAUAAAAUAAUGGCUUAUCACUGUAUGUUUUUGUGGCUGGAACUUGGAAAGCCAUGACAGAAAGUCUUCAAUGGAUAGGUCUGUAUUUUAUAUCCCUCUCCAUCAAUAUCCUGGAUUUAGAAAUCCUAAUGUGCAAUGUGAAAUGUUACAAAGCAAGGUGAGUUUUGGUGUACCAACUGGAAAGUUCUUCCUAACCUUAAACUGACUGCAAGAUCUGUUGUUUAUUUUUCCCUAAUCUUUGAUUUGUUAGCAUACGUUGUUCUUUGUAGGAUCACACUAGUGAUUUAUGAUGGGUUUUUAUUUUUCUUUAUAACGAAUGACUGAAACAUCAGCCUAUCCAUAGGUCUCUUGACAUUGUACCUAUAUAGUUCUCCGAUUACAUGAGACACUCCACAUAUUUACUCUUUAUUCAAAGACAUUCAAGAAUGACAGUUUGUGCUUUAUUGCUAUUUUUAUUUUUGCCUCCUGAUAGUCACAUUUGAAACAUUCCUUAGAUUGUAGCAUUUAAAAAAAAUUACUUGCAGAGAAUUCAGAUUGGAGACACUUUAAAAAAUAUUGCUUCCUAAGUGUGUUUUAUUCUAGAAACAAGCAAAAUACUGAAGUGUGCUAGUAAAAUUUCCAUUUUUUUGUAAUACAGUUCUCACUCUGUAAAAACUGAAGUCAUGUUUUCAAUUGCUCUAUUUAAGAGAGUCUGCAAACCCUGCAUAUGUGAACAUAAUUAUGCCAUAGGAGUUGUAGCUAAACACUCACAAAUGACCAUCUGAGAAUCUUUUAACGUUCAUGUGAGGUUUGCUAUUAUUCUUGCAGACAUGUAGUUGGCUGUAAACUAUGUGCGUUUACUCUGUAUUUAUAUUAUAUGGCUAACUUUUUUUGUUUGGACUAUUUUAAACUUAAAAAAUAAAAUGAUGUGCUUAUAUUCAAA